CUUGGCUCACUAACUGCUCGAUCUGAAAUUCAGACUACACUCACUAUACUCACACGAUCCAGGAUUUCUGUGCAUCAUCUUCCUGUAUUUCAUCGGGGCCUAAUUUUAAACAACAGGCUCUCGACAUAGAUAGAUUUGUAAACCAACCCGAUCAGGCUGUUUUAUUCGAUCUAUCAGUUGGAUACACUAUCGAUUAUAAUAUCGAGAAUUCAGCUUUUAUUUCACGAUAGGAAAAGGAAAACAACAUUAGCAGGCUCGCUAACUAGGUUGACUACUUAGUUCCGGUUACUAGUUAGCUAACUAGCAAGCGGCACCUUAAAAUAGAAGAAAAGUAUCCAUUCUCCGAUUUCAAAGAGGAAUUAAAAAGGGGGGGGACUUCAUUAACUAACUAACUAACUAACUAACUAACUAUGACUUGACUAGUCUGGAUCUGUGCAAGCUCGCUAGCGGAUUGAACAAGUUAGCUGAUCUGGCACUGGACUUCGGACAGAAAAACAACACCGAUGUCACUUUUGAUUGGAUCCUUAAGAGCCGUGAACUCGUAAAUUAUUCGAGGAUUGAACAUGACAACGCGGAAUCCGAUGCUAUCGGUCAUCGAGCACUCAUCUAGACAGGCUCACUCCGACUCUAAGGCCGGCGGUCGCUCCAACAUGCCGCACGGCCGCAACUCGCUGGCCACCGCAGCCGACGAGCAGCCUCACGUCGGCAAAUACCGGCUGCUGAAGACCAUCGGAAAGGGAAAUUUCGCAAAGGUCAAACUGGCUCGGCAUGUUCUCACGGGCAAAGAGGUGGCUGUCAAAAUCAUAGACAAGACCCAGCUCAACUCCUCCAGUCUCCAGAAGCUCUUUCGGGAAGUGAGGAUCAUGAAGCUGUUGAAUCACCCAAAUAUUGUGAAAUUGUUUGAGGUGAUUGAAACCGAGAAGACACUUUAUCUGGUUAUGGAGUACGCCAGCGGAGGAGAGGUGUUUGAUUACCUGGUCGCCCAUGGCAGAAUGAAAGAGAAAGAAGCCAGAGCCAAAUUCAGACAGAUUGUGUCAGCAGUGCAGUACUGUCACCAGAAGUGCAUCGUUCACAGAGACCUUAAAGCUGAAAACCUGCUUCUGGACGCAGACAUGAACAUAAAGAUCGCCGAUUUUGGCUUCAGUAAUGAGUUCACUCUGGGCAACAAGCUGGACACGUUUUGUGGCAGCCCACCGUACGCGGCUCCAGAGCUCUUCCAGGGAAAGAAGUACGAUGGGCCGGAAGUGGACGUGUGGAGUUUGGGAGUCAUCCUGUACACGCUGGUCAGCGGCUCGCUGCCUUUCGACGGACAGAACCUGAAGGAGCUGCGUGAACGUGUUUUAAGAGGAAAAUACAGAAUCCCGUUCUACAUGUCCACCGACUGUGAGAACUUGCUGAAGAAAUUUCUUAUCCUCAACCCCACCAAGCGAGGAAGCCUUGAGCAGAUCAUGAAGGACCGAUGGAUGAAUGUGGGCUAUGAGGAGGAGGAGCUGAUGCCUUACGUUGAGCCGCAGCCCGACUACAAGGACCCCAAGAGGACAGGUCAGCACCCCGGCAGUGCAGGGGGUUGGAAGAGAGAUAUCAUGUUACAAAUGGGAUACGCUCAAGAUGAAAUACAGGACUCGCUUGUCAACCAGAAGUAUGAUGAAAUCAUGGCAACUUACCUAUUACUGGACUAUAGGAAUUCAGAGCUGGACGAACUCUCGAUAAAGCCCCGCCCAAGCAUCGACCUCACAAACAAUGCCCAGUCACCUUCUCACAAGGUACAACGCAGUACCUCCAACCAGAAGCCGCGCCGAUCCACAGACCAAAGUUUGUCCGUGUCGGUUAAGCGCACUCAGGGCGACAGUAAGCACAUCGCUGAAGAAUACGGCAGGAAAAGCUCAGGCAGCUCAGCUAAAGUUCCUCCAAGCCCGCUUACUACAACCGACCGAAAGAAAACCCCGACCCCGUCCACCAACAGCAUCCUUUCAACUGGUACGAGUCGUGGCCGAAGCUCUCCAGGUCCUGAGAGAUCCACUCUGGGGGUGCAGAAUGGCAAGGACAGCUUGAGCACACCAGGGUCCCGCGCCUCUACCGCCUCGGCAGCUGCUGUUCUAACUUCCUCUUCUUCCUCCCGCUCCCGCCACCACAAGUCCCUGUCCACCUCGGCCCACCCCAACUCCCCAGACCUCCAUGCACAUCGGCCCAGCAGCGUUACACAACGAGUUCCAGUGGUGUCUCCGUCAACCAACAACAUAAGCAACUCCACGGUAGCAGACCGCACCAACUUCCCCAGAGGGGUGACGAGCAGAAGCACUUUCCACGCGGGCCAACAGAGAGCCUCACGCGACCAGCACACCUCCACCUACAACGGGCCACCAGCCUCCCCGUCGCUCUCUCACGGGAACAGCCAGGUCCGUCGCACCGGUACUGGCAUCUUCAGCAAAUUCACCUCCAAAUUUGUGCGCAGAAAUCUCUCAUUCCGAUUCCCCAGAAGGAGUCCGUAUGAGGGCGAGGGUCGAGAUGAGGCCAGCAGACCCAUGUUGAGCACUGCAGAAAAGAUGGAGAAAGGCACCCACGGAUCAGCGGGGGAUGAGAACAGGGACUCCGUGUCAUCCUCGUCUCCUGUGUCCAGCACGCCCUCGUCCACCCAGUCGUCCAAGGACAUCAAGCCGCGUUCGCUGCGCUUCACCUGGAGCAUGAAGACCACCUCGUCCAUGGAGCCCAACGAGAUGAUGAAGGAGAUCCGGAAGGUUCUGGACUCCAACAGCUGCGAUUAUGAGCUGCGCGAGCGCUUCAUGCUGCUCUGCAAGUCAGGGAAUCCUCCAUGUGACGACUACGUUCAGUGGGAGAUGGAGGUGUGCAAGCUGCCCCGCCUCUCCCUCAACGGCGUGCGCUUCAAACGCAUCUCGGGCACCUCCAUCGCCUUCAAGAACAUCGCCUCCAAGAUUGCCAACGAGCUGAAGCUGUGAGGAAUCGAAACAUGAUUUGGGGACGAAGCUAAUACCGAAUUAUGUGCAGAAGUGAGAGCUGUAGCCCAGAUGUGCGUUAAGGAGAAAAUGGACAAAAAGUGGCGCCAUCAGAAGCAGGGACAGUGACGAGUUUAAAGACUGUAAAUGAAGCAGGAUGCUUAGCACAGAUUGGUGGGGGAGGUCGGUGUGUGUAUGGAUGUUUUGAGGGCCCCCUUGAUGUUUUUUUUUGUUUGUUUUUUUUUGUUUUUUUUUCCUUCUUCUUAUUUUAUUUUAUUUUUUUGUGGGAGCUGUUUCCUUGGUUUGGGUUUUCUGUCCCCACAUCGCCCCCCAGCCCCCUCAGUCCCCCCCACCUGUAUUUUGUUGUCAUCUUUUAUUUGUGUUUCCAGUUUUGUGGUUUUUCCUUGCUCCUCAGAGUCUUUUCUGUUUAAACAGUAUAGUGAUGGAGGAAGGACGUUUAUUGAUGUAAUUAUUGAACUGAAAAGUGUUUGCUGGUGAUUCUUAUACUACAAACUUGAACCAGCAACCGUCUCAACACGCUGUAAUCCCCCCCUCCCCCCUCCCCAAUCCCACACGUUACUUGAUUUUGUUACUUCCAGUUCCAGAGUACUGGUUAUGAACAGAGAGGUAGGUUGGUGGUUUUGACACUGAAUGUACAGCACGAUUAGUGAUGGGUAACUGAGACUGAAGUACUACGCACAUUUAGUUAGAGCCAUAGUGAAAUUUGAAUCUUUACUCAUCUUGCUGUGGUUCACAUUCUCAGCCUCCACACUCAACGUGUACAUCACAGUAACGUGUCUCUAACGUAUCUGAUCCGAAAAUGGAAGUGCAGACUUGAACCCUCAGUGCUCUGGAGGUGAAUCACCUCUCUGCACUCUAAGCCCAGACAAUUAGGUUUUUUUCUCUUCCUGCUGCACGGGUUAUAUGUCAAAAACUAAUUAAGGGCCAAUUAAGUCAUUAUUGGUGGAUUGUAGUGUAAUUAAGAGUUGCUGGUUGGUUUCAAUGUGCUGCACUGGAAUGAGUCUGUGUUUUGUUGCCUUUUUUUUUCUGGAGAAGAUUAUAUUAUAAAAAUAAAAAAGUUGGAUGAUU